AACUGACACCAUGAGACCAUUUUAGGAGACAAAAAUUGUCUGUGCAUGUAAUGUUUAAUUUUAAACAUGUCUCUGUUUUUCACCUAUAGGAAAAUGUUGCUGGAGAGCUGGGUCUUACAGAGCUGGGGUCUCUGUUGAGAGAAAGCACUAAUAUUUGCGAAGACAAAACUGAACUUGACACAAAGAGACAGAGACUUGAGGAAGCUAAAAACAAAGCUGAAGACGUGAGAUUGAAUGAUAAUGAUUGUGACACAGAAGGUGAAGUUGACAGGUUGAAGAGGGAGGUGGUGAUGCUGCAGACCCAGAACUCCUACCUGCAUGGGGAAAUUGGCAGACUGUGGAACUGGUACAAUGUACUUGAUGGGCGACUUACAGAGACCCAGCAACUUCUCCAACAGCAGCAACUUCUCACACAACUUCUCACACAGCAGCAACUACUUCUCCAACAGCAACAACCACCUCAGCAACAACAACUCCAGCAGCAACAACCACCUCAGCAACAACAACUCCAGCAGCAACAACCACCGCAGCAACAACAAAUCCAGCAACAACAACCAGACCUGCCUUCACCAGAUGCUCACAACAGGACAUAUGGUGGAUACACAAAAGCCCAGCUACUAUCAGAUGUCUCUGGCAUCACAGAUGCCAGUAACUGGCUGCUAAAAAGUUGUUUCGCCGCCUCUACACGGAGGAAAGACUAGGCAGAAGCCUAUCAG